GUGUGUUUUUGGAUUCUCUCGUUCUCACAAUUCUAUUUUCAUUUCAACGUAAACCAACCGCCGCAGCUCUCGUUCGCCGGAAAGAUUCAUCAAUUAAAUCGACUGGAAUCAACCAGUCGCCGCAGCUCCGGCCACCGCCAUUCAUUCUUCUUCAGAUCCAGUAUAUUAUCUUAGAAACUCGCCGGAAACUACUAUAGUAUAGUCGCCCAUCCAGCGUCGCCGGAUCUCGACCGUUCGAUUCACAUCACACCAUCGUUCUCCUCCGCUUGCGCCACCGGAGGUUAACGAAGGGAAAUAUUCUCAUGCUAUAUCCAUUUUUGACCAGAUAUUGAAAGAAGACUCUGCAUUCAAGAGAGACGGCAUUUGCAUUCAAGAGAGAACUUCAUUCUGCCAUAGAUGAUUUUACCAAGGCUAUACAAUUCAAUCCAUCAGCUGGUGAGGCAUUAGAGUUUGAAUCCAACACAGCAGAAAUUUUACACGAGAGAGUUUCAGUACCUUGGUGUUCUUGGAAUUCUUGUUCAAAUGCAUGGAGAAAUCCGAAUUUGAUUCAGAAGAUAACAAAGAAGAGUGAUAGUGGAUUAGGACUGGUUAACAAUAGUAAUAGCAUGUUAAAGAAAAGCGGUUUUCCAAAGAAUGAUCAUAAUGGGAGUGUAAAUGGAGUUUUGAAUGACGGAAAGUUACCUAAUUGUGUUGAAGUUGAUACAGAUCGAUCCAGGGAUUGUAAUGAUGGUGAAUGCGACAAUGAUGAAGGAAUAGCGAAAUCGCAUUCUGACAACAAUGAUGAUGAAAUUGUUGAUAGUGGAUCUGAUAUUGUGUUUGAUAGUGAUGACGAUGAUCUUUCUUUAGAUGACACUGACUCAGACACGGGAGAGAAGAGCCAUGAGGGAUCGAAGAAGAGCAAGUGGUUCUGGAAAUUCUUUGAUAAUUUGAGUAAACUGAGAGUAGAUGAGAGGAACUCACAGGCAUUACGAUGGCACUGUCCGGCAUGUCAAGGUGGUACUGGGGCUAUUGAUUGGUAUCAUGGGUUGCAGCCGCUUCUGAAUCAUGCUAGGACAACUAAAGUUAGGAGGGCGAGAUUGCAUCGAGCGUUUGCUGAAACUUUGGAGGAAGAAUGCUCUAGGAGAGGCGCUCCGUUGAUGAGGUUUGGUGAAGCGUAUGGACUAUGGGAGGGUCUUGAUAAGAAAGUCAAGGAUCAUGAAAUUGUUUGGCCCCCAAUGGUUCUAAUCAUGAAUACAAAAUAUGAGCAGGAUGAAAACAACAAGUGGCCUGGAAUGAGGAACCAAGAACUCGUUGAUUGUUUCAGUGACUAUGCUGCAAUGAAGGCUCGACACUCGUAUGGUCCACACGGGCACCGGGGGAUGAGUGUUUUGAUUUUCGAAGCAUCAACAGCAGGUUAUUUAGAGUCUGUGCGGCUCCACAAGCACUUCAGAGAGCAAGGAAGAGACAGGGAAGCUUGGAAUCGUUGUAAGAAACUAUUUGUCCCAAGGGGAAAACGCCAACUUUAUGGUUACUUGGCUUCUAAAGAAGAUUUGGAUGUUUUCAUCAGACACUCUAGAGGAAAGUCAAAAUUGAAGUUUGAAAUGCGAUCAUACUAAGAGAUGGUUGAGAGCAAGAUAAAGCACAUCAAUGAAGAUGGUCCACAGCUGGGCUUCUUUAAGGACAUGAUAGCUAAAGAACAACUCAAAUCGAAAGUCUUCGCAGACACUUCAUGUAAAGUAACUGACAAGUUACGCAAAACAACCGAAGAAAACCACGUUGUGAGAGAACGAACUAAAGAACAUCAUCAGCAAAACAAUGAGGAGGUAAUGCUAUGAAAAUAAAAUUAGAUCAAGAUUAUUCGUCUGAUGCGCAUUGGAAGAGAUAAAUGAUAUGGGUGAUGCUCAAUCCAAUGACAUAGAUAAAAGUAAUGAACAGGUGUUGGAAGAGAUAAAUGAUGAUUUGAUUAGAUCAGAAACUGAUGAUAGUGAUGAUAUCAUUGAAGUUAUAAUUAAUAUAGAGGACAUUCCCCAAAAUGAUGAUGAGAAUGAAGAUACAGAGGAUGAGAGUGAAGAAGACCUCUCAUAUUAAUUUGUAAAUUAAAAUGGGAGAAACCAUCUUUGAUAUUGGGAGGAAAGGUAUAAGCUUAAGUCUUUGAUACGUCUUCAUGUUAUAUUUAUGUUUAAUUCCUUAGUGAUUUUGCAAGUUUGAAAUAUGCUGGUUUGAAAUAUGAUAGCUUAACUUCAAAUAUAUUGUUUAUUUCAGGAACUUUGAUAAAGGUG